UGACUGUUCCCCAAACCUAGAUCCAGAUCUACUUCUGCAAAAAGCUAAGGUAGGGCCGAGAGGGAGCGGGAGUAGAUGUCCGUAUGGUGCAAGUGUUUUUUCGAGUCUUUCAUUUAUGACUCCUUUCUUUCAACCAUUUCUUCUUAAGUUUUUAUUUGACAUUUCAGUUUUGUUGAGUUUGGUUUUAUGUAAGACAAUUCGAGUUUUAAUAAGAGUUUUUGAACGAAAAGGUUUGGGGUAAAGCAUUUGAUAAGGUUCAUCGGGCCAAGGCCGUUACAGAAAUAGUAUUCCUGUGAUACUUCAAUAGUUGAUUAGUGAAACUGCUCUUGUGUAAAUGAUUGUUCUGUAAAUUUUGUCUAUUUUUGGUAAAGCAACUUCGGUUUAUAUGGCUAUUAGAUUUUAAAGCACAGGCGUAUAGUAAAACCAGGGUCGUCUUUUCGCAUUACCAAGUUUUUUCAAGAACAAAUAUAUAAGCUAACGUAGCCGGAGAAUUUUCAGUUCAGUGAACUCUGUGGUAGAAACGUAGUGUUUAAGCUUGGUGAAGAAAUUUUUGAGGGUAUACAUGAAUGAGAUUUGGUUGCAGUGCAAAGAUCGUCAAAUAAGUGUGCUUCUCUGAUUGCCAAUAGCGUUGCCAAGGAGAUGAGAUUUCACCUGUUGUGGGUCGAGGUGCUCCUAGGUGGAUGAGUUCCUUGGUAGAAGAAGAGAGGAUGAAUCGCUAAUGAGUUAGGUGAAUGGUUUUGUCUUGGUUUCGUUGGAUAUGCCGGAAGGUGUAAAUGAGCUAUGUGCUCUGCUCCGUUUAUGGUUCUGGUUAGGGACGUCGAAUGGGCGGGUUGUCCAUGGGCGACUUGUGUCCAAAUUAUUUUGGGUUAAUAUGGACACACCUAUAUUAGACCAAAUUUAAAUAGGUUUAAAAAGACAAAUCUAGUGGAAACACCGUAGCCUAAUGGUUAAGGUUUAAAGGUUUCUACACCCAGGUAUGUGGUUCAAAUCCCAAACUAUGCAAUUUUUUGCAGAUUACAGGAAAUCCAAGUUUCAAGUCCCGGAGAGAGCGAUUCCGUAGUCUUACAAGGGAUCUUCAACAUGGUGCAAGUAAAUCUGGUCAGACGUAGAUCUUAAUAGGACGGCUCAGGUGAUGCAGUUAGGCGUAGAUCCUCAUAAGGCAGAUAGUGUUAUCGGUAAUCGAAUCGUCUAUGUAAUAUUUCUCAUAUCAUAAUUGUAAUAUCAUAAUAAAUCAGCGUUAAAAAAAAUGACAAACCCAAUUGGACUCAUGGACAAAACCGGGCAAGAACAUAUGGACAUUGGGCAGCCCAAAUAGUUAAAAUAUCUAGGUUUAGGAAAUUAGGAAAAAAAUUACAGUUUUAAUUUGUUUUACCAAAAUCAUAAAAUCGAGUUUUUGUCAAAACCGAAAAUUGUAUUUUCCCUUAAAAAUUGCAUUUUCCCUUAAAAUUUGCAUUUUCUCCGUCAAAACCAGUGUUUUUAAAACCGGACCGGAAGCUGAACCGGAAAUAUUUUGGGUCACGGUUCAAUAUGGUUCGACCGGGUCAAACCUGGUUCAAUAAUAUGGUUUAAUAUUUUUUUUAGUAUGUAAAUAUAAAAAUAAUAUUAGUAAACAUGAUGCAUAGUUAAAAUAUAAAUCAAUUUUGAACAUAAAAUAUUAUAAAUAUAAAUUAGUUUCUUGUUUAUAUGGAUGAUUUAUAGAUUUUCGAUAUUUUUAGUGGUUUUUAUUGGUUUAAUAACUUUUAAAUAUAAUCCGGCUAUGUGGUCGGUUCAUGGUCGAACCAAUUACUAGACCAACCCGGCUAUAUAACCGGUUCACGGUCGAACCCGGUCCAACCAUCGGGUCGGUCCGGUUUUAAAAACACUGGUCAAAACCAUAAAAUCGUGUUUUUCGGCCAAAACUGCAAAAUCGCAAUUUCCCGUUAAAAUUAUAUUUUUUGGUCAAAACCGCAAAAUCACGUUUUCGUGAAACAAAAGUCAUAUUUUUCAUCAAAAUCACAAAAAUCUCAAAAUCAAAUUUUCUUGUCAAAAAUUCAAAUUUCACAAUAAUAAAGUUUAAGUCUAUAAUAUAUACAAAAUUUAGUAUAUUUUCAUCUUUUACAAUAAAAAUUAGGUUAUUUAUAUUAAAUUGGCGUCUGGACCCCAUGGGCAACCAACAAAUCAUGGUCUUUUUUAAGUAUAGUCUUAUUUAGACAUGGUUCUAUUUGGGUGUCGACCAAAAUUGUCCAACAAAAAAACACGUCCAUGUGGACAGGCCCAAAUGGGCCCAACACGUCUAGUUCUGCUUUGUGUUUGCUGGUUUUUUUUCUAACCCUUUGCUGCUUUUCUCUUUUAGAAGGAUCCAAUUCAGUGGAAAGAUGAAUGUAUUAAUAUUUUUGUAAACAGUGUCAAGAAAUAAUUUGAGACGGUACUUAGUAGAGCGUACUAAUAAUCAUAUACAGGUCACAUACAAUAAUGAAACGUGAAUCAAAAUUGUUUAUCUUAAGUUCUCACACUUUAUUCUUGUGCUCACUCGCAUAGGCCCUUUCACUCGCAUAGGCCCUUUCACUAUAUUUAUAUGCCAAGUUGAUGGAUCGUGGGCUUCUGGUAACGCAAGCAGCAAAGUGGAAUGAACUUUUUUUAUUAAAAAAAUGACCAGGAUGUCCUGUAGGAAGGACUUUGGGGCGCAAUUGUUUGAUUUCCCGGGAUUAGUUAUGUUUAUCUAUGAGAGUUAUACUAAUAUCAAACGAACUUAUUUGUUUUUUUUUUUUUUUUGAUAACUCUGGUAUCUGGGCAUUUGAUAACUCUGGUAUCUGGGCAGCCACAUUCCCAACUAUCUCUCCGUAGGGGGUCCAGCGCCCAAACGGAAGGGAUGUUAAAUCCGCUGUGGCCAGGGCUCGAAGUCGUGAUGGCGGACACCUCAGCCGAAGUUCCUUUACCACCAGACCACGAGGUCCGGUUUAACGAACUUAUUUGUUGGCUGUCUAUAUGACAUAUAUGAGACUCCUAGGGUCAUACUGAUUACAAAAUGUUAACUGGUUAUUAAUUUUAGAAAUAUCACAAAUGAAUGAAAUUAAAAGAAAUAAAACGUAGAUGAAUGGAAUAAGAAAAGUUAUAAAAUAAAAAAAUAGAGUUUCAUUCCACCUACAGUUAUUCAUGAGCUUUUUUAAUUAUGAAUUUUUUAUAAUUACUUUUCAUUUUUCUCUAUACAUUUUCCAAAGAAUCAUUGGAAUGAGAUUUGUUUUUUGUUCCAUUCAAAUGCUAAAAAUAAUUUGAAAACUAUCGGAAUAAAUCACUCCAUGCAAUUUCAUUCCAGAAAUUUGCAAUCCAGUUGCACCCAUUUUGAUUAAUCGAUAAAAAAUCAAUUGUUGUGAAAAUGAAUAGUCUAACAGACGUUGUCUUAUAUAGUUGGAAUAGUAAUUGAUUAUGGCUAUAAUUUAAUAACAUUGUUAAAAUGGAAUAUGCAGCGCACCCUGACAAAAAUGAUCAAAUAUUUAAGGAAGUAAAAACAUAAAAACGGAAGACUAUUUUUAAUAAGUAAUAAAGAACAAAUUCUUCAAUAUUUAGAACUUAUAAAAUGUAUUAAAAAUUUUCUUACCUUUUUUUUUCUUUUCCGGGAAGAAUGAUACAGACGAAGAUAAUGACAUAUUUUCAGAAUAUCUAUACUAUUAAAUCAUAAUCAUUUAUAAUAUUAUGCUCUUAGUUUUUCAAGUUAUUUACAAAGUAAUGCCAAUAUCUUUUUUUAUAUUACAAUUAAUAUUAUUAUUUAAUAAUAAUGCAGAAUAUAUUGGCCGGUAACAUCGAAGCCACAUUUAUCAAUGUUACUAUAAUACAAUUAUUAACGUUUGUGUUUAAAUAAAAAAUUCUUAACUAUACAAACCAUACAAUUAUUAUUUAACCUUAUUAUUUUUUAUAAGACUUAUUAUUUGACUUAAUGCUUAUAAUAUGUUUGACAUGUUUGACGGCAACACACUAUGAAUUUUGUUUCACAAAGAUCAUGAAAUAUUAAAGUAGUCCAAAGAAAUUUAUACUUUGAAUUAUGAAAUAAGGAAUAGCAUAAAUUUAUAAUGUGAAUUAUGAAAUAAAGAAUAUCAUUCAUCAUUUUAAGAUAUUUUCAUAAUCUUUUUUGUUUGUUAAUUCAUGAGUUUAAACCUUGGGUAACAAACAAAAUCAAUAAAGAUGGCCAAUAAAAUCUUAAAUAUCAGUUUCAACUUCAUUCCUUAAUAUGUGGACACUACAAAUAUUCUGUGAGUUUAACUUAAUUAACUUGGCCAACUAUCUCAAUUGUGUUUUAAACAAAAUCUGAAUGUAUAAAAAUAUCUAAUAAUGUUACCAAAACAAUCUCACCCAAUUUGUUCAUUAUCAAUAUAUAAGAUCUGCAAAAUAUUGACCUGAAUAAUAAUACUAACUAUAUUUUGAUUCAGAAAAUCUAUCAAGUAUAUAUUUUAGAAUAUGCUACACCUGUUUCUCUAAAUAUACCCUUAACCUAAACAGCUAAUUGUUAGUAUUUUAGUAUGACCAAAACCAAACCAAAAAGAAGUGUAAAAGUGUUUUGUUUUAUGAACACUAUAAACCCGUUAAACCCAUAAUUAUUGAUCUUUAUUAUAAUUAAAAUUUUAUGUAUUAAUUAAAAUAUGUAUAAUGAAAAAUGUAUAUUUUUAUUAAAUCUGUAAUAUAAUAGUUUAUUAAUAAAUUAAAAUUAAAAUAUAAUUAUAUUUAUUGAUUAAAAGUAUACAGUUUUUAAAUCUUUUAACAAAAUUGAUUAGUAUUUUGGAAACACAAACAAUCAUUUAUAAAAUAUAAUAUUUUUAAAAAGACAAUCCCGCACUUUAAAAACGCAUAUCAAAAUCUAGUUGUUUCUAUAAUAUAAAACUAACAUUUUUUUUUUGAACUAACAUUCAAUAAAAAAGACCGGAUUACGUUGAACUUAUAAUGUAAGACGUUUAGGAAAUAAAUCACCAUAUUAAAACACUGAAUCUCCACGUUGUGUAAUUGAAUAUUAAUUUACAAGGAUAUCAAUCUUAUCUGUAAGAUACGCAUUUACAAGAAUCGCCGAUUGUCUAUUCAUGCCAAAUUAAUAAAUCUAUAAGAAAUGCAAACCCCUAUUGGAAUCCAUAUUCAACAAAGGAGGGUGAUAACUGAUAAGUGAUAACAAGAAGUAAAGAGAAUGAAAUCUCUAACAAUCCACACCCUAAUCAUCACUGUUUUCUUCUUUACAAUCCCAACAUCAUUUGCAUCACCACCAAGACUCGAAGACGUUUACUCACAGUGCACCACAGAUUUUAAACCCUCAAAUCCAAAUUUCCCAAUACAAAACUUCACAUACACUCAACAAGACCCUAGUUUCCUCACAAUCCUCAACAACUACGUCCGUAACCUCCGUUACUUCAACAACACGACACGUAAACCCGUCGCGAUCAUAGCAGCCGCCGACGUAACUCACAUACAGGCCACGAUCACCUGCGCCAAAAGACUCAGCCUCCAGCUCCGUAUCCGAAGUGGAGGCCACGACUAUGAUGGGAUGUCGUAUUUAUCAACAGUCGAGUUCGUCGUCCUAGACAUGUUCAACCUCCGUUCUAUCGAGUUUGAUCCUAAACUCGACACCGCGUGGGUCCAAUCCGGUGCUACACUUGGAGAGAUCUACUACGGAGUUGCCAACAAAAGCAACGAUCUCCGUGGAUUUCCUGCCGGAAUAUGCCCCGGUUUAGGCGCUGGUGGACAUUUUAGCGGUGGCGGUUACGGAAACAUGAUGAGAAAGUACGGUUUAUCGAUCGAUAACAUUAUAGACGCAAAGAUCGUUGAUGCUAAGGGUAGAGUGUUGGACCGUAGCUCGAUGGGAGAAGAUCUUUUUUGGGCCUUACGUGGCGGUGGGGCCGCUAGUUUCUGUGUUGUCUUAGCCUGGAAGAUCAAGCUUGUUCCGGUUCCAGGAAAGGUCACAGUCUUUAACGUGGAAACUGUCGGAAACAGAGGAGGCGUGAACACCACGGAACUUGUAUUGAAAUGGCAAGAGAUCGCAGACAAGAUCGACAACAAUCUGUUCAUAAGGUUAACUUUAAGCACAAGCAACAAAACUGUGAAGGCUUCAUUCAUGGGAAUGUUCCUCGGAGAUUCGACAAAGCUUCUAGAAACCAUGAACACGGAUUUCCCGGCGCUUGGUCUGAACAAAACAGAGUGUCUAGAAAUGAAAUGGAUCGAAUCGGUUCUGUUCUGGCUAAGUAUCCCACCCGGUACAGCACCGACAUCGGUUAUGCUAAACCGUAUCCCGCAAAAGCAAAUCUACCUCAAGAGAAAAUCCGAUUACGUCCAAAAACCGAUAUCAAGAACCGGUUUGGAUGCGAUAUUCAAGGUUCUGUUAGAGAACGAGAACGUGACAAUGGCUUGGAACCCGUACGGAGGGAGGAUGAGUGAGAUUCCAUCGACGGAAACAGCGUUCCCGCACCGAGCAGGGAACAUGUUCAAGAUUCAGUACGCAGCGAACUGGUUGGUGCAAGGGGAAGCAGUGGCUAACGAAUGCUUGAGCCAGACGGAAAGAGUGUUCGAGGCAAUGAGCCCUUACGUGUCAAAGAAUCCACGAGAGGCGUUUUUGAACUAUAGGGACGUUGACAUUGGAACGAGCUUGAACUCGACGUACGAGGAAGGUAAAGUGUAUGGGGUGAAGUAUUUUAAGAACAACUUCGAGAGAUUGGUUAAGGUCAAGAGCAGAGUUGAUCCCGAUAACUUUUUCCGGUACGAGCAGAGCAUUCCUGUGCUCUCUAGUCACUAGAAAUUACCUAGAGACACAUUCUUGCUUCCGCUAUUGAGAAGUUCUACCAAAAUUUAUAUUUUAAUAGUAAAAACAAAGUCAACAACCUAAUGGUUUGAGCUCUCUAGUUUUAUUAAUCAGACCUAAAAUAUUGAGAAGUUCUUGUUUUAAAAAGAUUAAAAGACAUGUAUGUUUUAGAAGGUAAGGAAUGUAAUAUUUUUCUGUACAUUUAAUUUCGAAUUAGAAAUGUAUUUAAUUUCUUUAGAAAUGCGUUAAAAUUGUCAAAACUACAUGUCACUUAAUAGGAUCAUGCAUUCUGUUUCUUAAUAUUUUUUGUUUUGUUUUGAACGACGUUUCUUAAAAUAAGAAUCACAAAUGAGUGAUAAUAGAAAAGAUCAAGUAAUAUAUGGUAACAGGUUCAGACUUGAACUUGUCUAUACUCUUGAUUUCAUGACAGUUUGCCUCAUGACAAGCUAUUAUAUUUUCAAUAGAAGAAAAUGAUAGUAGAUGUGAAGUAUCACUAAAUAUUUUGUCAAAAAAAAAAAGUAUCACUAAAUAUGGUUACGUUUUUAUCUUACCAACGAGGUACAAUGCUCGGAAUCAACAACAUACAACUUUUACCCCGUUUUUGUUAAGUAACUUUUAAAAUACAAGUUUUGAAGUUCACAAAAAGGAGUUGAAGUGCUCGAACACGUUGACUAUCAUUUCUUCCACUAAUCUGCCAACCUAUAAAUCAAACUAUAUAAAAGAAAAUUAACAUGUCAGAAAUUCUUCACAUAUCAUUUGGUAGUACGGAUCGUCUAAUUUUCUUUUAUUCGGACCACUAUUUUUGUUUGACGAUCCUCCACAUUCAGAUAAUCACAGAUUCACAUGUAUGCAAGAUGCAUACAUUUAUUGAAAAGGAUAUUCAAAGCUUCUCUCUGUCUUAACGGAUAACGCGGAAUAUGAUAAAACAAGACUUGCACGAUACACGGAUCUGAUCAAAAAUGUUUUUUUUUACUGGUCCUAAGUCCUAACUUACAGAAAUUGUUGAUCUGUACUGCAUGUCUGCAUCUCGCAUAAGUUACAUAUAUAUAUUAAAUCAUCAUAACCUUUCGUAUGAAACAAGAUAUUCAAAAAUCAUAUAUUUAGAUAAUGACAUGUUACUUAUCCGCUAUCGUGUACAGGAGUGCUCAUAAAAUACAAUACAAUAUGUAAAAGUCUAAGUCAAAUAUGAUUGGUCCACUAUGAGAUUUAUUCGGGGGAACAAACUUUAGCUGUCAAGAAAAGAAAACGUGAAAUAAAAAAUGUAUACGUGGUGAAUGUAUAAAGUACUAUAUUUAUUAGAGAAAAUUCGAACUUUGAAUCUUCUCUAUAUAAUAACACACACAAGCUCUAAAGCUUAUAAUAGAAACUCCCAAACGACACAAAACAUGGAAAAGUUACUAGUUAUAUCUCUGUUACUGAUCUUAAACUCAGUUGCCACUUCACAACCCGUGACCGAUCCGGUGGCUUUCCUCCGAUGUCUGGAACGACAGCCGACGGAUCCAGCGAGUCCGAACUCUGCCGUAGCCUACAUCCCAACAAACUCCUCCUUCACCACCGUACUCCGCAACCGCAUACCUAACCUCCGUUUCGACAAACCCACAACCCCAAAACCACUCGCCAUAGUCGCAGCCGCCACGUGGACACACAUUCAGGCGGCGCUAGGAUGCGCCCGCGAACUCUCUCUUCAGGUUAGGAUCCGAAGCGGUGGUCACGACUUCGAAGGACUCUCCUACACGUCAACCGUCCCAUUCUUCGUCCUCGACAUGUUUAGUUUCAGAACAGUCGACGUGAAUCUCACCGACGGGACGGCUUGGGUCGAUGCCGGCGUUACGACGGGAGAGCUUUACUACCGUAUCGCUGAGAAGAGCAACGUUCUUGGAUUCCCUGCGGGUUUAUGUACAACGUUAGGCGUUGGUGGACAUUUUAGCGGAGGAGGAUACGGGACGAUGAUGAGAAAGUACGGAUUGUCCGUAGACAACGUUGUCGGCUCCGGGAUCGUUGACUCCAACGGGAACAUAUUCACCGACCGGGUAUCAAUGGGUGAAGACCGUUUCUGGGCGAUACGAGGAGGUGGAGCCGCGAGUUUUGGCGUCGUGCUUGGAUACAAGAUCCGGCUUGUUACUGUGCCGGAGAAAGUUACGGUCUUUAACGUCAGAAGAACCGUCGCAGAAGGAGGGGUUGAUCUUAUUAUGAAGUGGCAGAGUUUUGCUCAUAGUACAGACCGAAACUUGUUCGUGAGGCUUACGUUGACUUUGGUCAACGGUACAAAGCCUGGUGAAAAGAUGGCUUUGGCCUCCUUCAUUGGGAUGUAUCUAGGCGGAUCGGAUAAGACGUUCAACGUGAUGAACCGGGAUUUUCCUGAAUUAAAGCUCAAGAGAACCGAUUGUACCGAAAUGAGAUGGAUCGAAUCGGUCGUGUUUUGGGCCGGUUAUCCGAUCGGUACACCGAUUUCUGUACUACUAAACCGGACAGUGACUACUAAAGCCUUCCAUAAACGAAAAUCGGAUUAUGUGAAACGUCCAAUUUCGAGAACCGGUCUCGGUUUAAUACUCAAGAAGUUGGUGGAGGUUGAGAAUGUUAGAAUGUUUUUCAAUCCGUAUGGAGGAAGAAUGGGUGAGAUACCGAGUUCGAGGACACCGUUCCCACAUAGAGCAGGCAAUUUGUACAAGAUCGAGUAUCUCGUAAGCUGGUCGGAAGCUGGAGAGGACGUGGAGAAGAAUCAGUUGGCACGUGCCAGAGAGAUGUAUGAAUUCAUGAGCCCGUACGUGUCAAAAAAUCCGAGGGAAGCGUUUUUUAACUACCGAGAUCUUGACAUAGGGUCGAGUGUGAAUUCCACGUACGAGGAAGGUAAAGUCUACGGGGUUAAAUAUUUCAAAGACAAUUUCGAGAGGUUGGUUGAUAUUAAAACCUUGAUCGAUGCUGAAAACUUCUGGAAGAACGAACAAGGUAUACCGGUUCGAAGGUAAUAAGUGCGACAUGAGUGUUGUGGGAUUUGUGACAUGUAUUUAAGUUUUUUUUUCAAGCAAAUAAAGCAAGAAACAUGACGACCAAUAUAUAUUGUUAUGAACAAAAUCAGCAUAUACCUAUUAAAAAUAAUGCUCCCUUCAAGGGUAUUUGUUUGUUUUA